AUGUCAUAUGCCAGCACUGAUGAUACUUAUGUUCUUACAUUGAGAGCUGGAGAAUCAUGGAGACAGAUCAUAGAUAUUCCCAAGUGUUUUUUAUCAUGUAAAGGGAUAUGCAUCAAUGGGAUUUUCUUUAUUGUUGGCAUAGAUGGAAAAGGAAAACAAAUAUUGAGUUUUGAUGUGAGGACUGAAAAUUUCAAGAUAAUCCAAACGCACAGUUGUAUGCUGUGCGACGAUGAUGAAGUGGAGCCUAACCCUUCACUAGUGAGCUACAAGGGAAAACUAGCUUGGGUUAUCUCAGAAUCAACGUCGUCUUGCAGAUUAUGGAUUCUUGAAGAUACUGAAAAAGCAGAAUGGUCGUGCCAAGACUUUCAUAUACCAUUUUCUCUAGAAGAUCCUGUUGUGAAAGAUAAUUACUUUUUAAGUGAUGUGACAGAAGAUGGUGAGUUUAUUUAUGUGUCGAUAUCAUGGCAAGAUAAAGAGAUUUAUGUGUCUUACUAUGAUCCAAAGAGAAAAACUCACACGAGGAGGAUCAAAAUUAAAGAUCUUGAUGAAGAUGAUGAUUUUUGGCUCCGUAAUGGAUCAUGUCGUGACGAUUGGAAAUUUCUUGGAACUCUAACGAAUCACAUUGGGAAUCUCAUGCCUCUAAACACAUUUCCUACUUGUCCACCUUCUGGCGCACGGCUUAAUAAAUACAUGUGCACAAAGGUUAACGCUGGUUAG